AUGACACUUGUGGAGGGAACCAAGGGCGUCAUCGUCAUUGACCCCUUGGUUUCCAACGAGUGCGCUGCUGCUGCCAUGUCCCUGUACAGGAAGUACCGCGGCGAUCGACCACUCACCGGGCUGAUCUACUCCCACUCCCACAUCGACCACUUUGGCGGUGCCACCGGUGUCCUACCCUCGGGCCAGGAAGCUACCAUUCCCAUAGUCGCUCCAGAAGGGUUCAUGGAAGAAGCCACCAGCGAAAACAUCCAUGUUGGACCUGCGAUGUGCCGCCGCGCUAGGUACAUGUAUGGCGCAACUCUACCAAAGAGCGCAGAGGUCUCGACCACCGGCGAGGAAAUGAACAUCGAUGGAGCCCGCAUCGUUUUCCAAAUAGUUCCUGGGGCAGAGGCGCCUUCUGAAUUCAACCUCUAUUUCCCGGAUACGCAGGCCCUGUAUAUCGCCGAGUGCGGUACGCAUAAUAUGCACAAUAUAAUUACUCUGCGCGGUGCACUUGUUCGCGAUGCUAAAGCCUGGUCGCGAUAUCUGGACGAGAGUAUCGCUCUUUUCGGCGACAAAUCUGCUGUCCUGUUCGCCGGACACCACUGGCCAACUUGGGGUCAGGAGGAAAUCAAUCGCAUGAUCUCCGAACAGCGAGAUAUGGUACUCCUUCAUGCAUGA